ACCAGGGAAUAGCUGAGUCGAACAACCACAUGACGCGAUUAGCGCAAGUCUAUAAAUUUUUCACCAGAAUUAUGUCGACGGACGUGCGAGGUGUCGUCUUGUCUGGGACCGAAUUGGCAAAGGAAAUCCGUCAAAGUCUAGCGCAGGAUGUAACAUUGUUGAAAGCGAAACUGCCAGGUUUCGCACCCGGUUUGGCUAUCGUGCAAGUUGGCGGUCGGGAAGAUUCAAAUGUUUAUAUCAGAAUGAAAAUAAAAGCGGCGAACGAUAUCGGUAUCGCAGCGCAACACGUGAAACUUCCAAAUACUACGACAGAAAGGGAAUUAGUGAACAAACUGAACGAAUUAAACAAUAACCCGAACAUUCACGGUAUCAUUGUGCAAAUGCCUCUCGACACUGUGAACAAAAUCGACAGUCAUAUGAUUACUGACUUGGUCUCGCCUGCAAAAGAUGUGGAUGGAUUAAACACAAUUAAUGAGGGAAGAGUUGCCGUUGGUGAUAUGACAGGAUUUCUACCGUGCACUCCGAACGGAUGCAUAGAACUUAUCAAAAAGAGCAACGUACCAAUUUCUGGUGCCAGAGCCGUAGUUUUAGGCAGAAGCAAGAUCGUUGGUACUCCGGUUGCCGAAUUGCUAAAAUGGCAUAAUGCCACGGUAACAGUAUGUCACUCCAGAACGAAGAAUCUUCCCGAAGUUGUCUCACAAGCUGAUAUCUUAGUGGUUGCUAUUGGCCAACCAGAGAUGGUCAAGGGAAGCUGGAUUAAACCAGGAGCAAUCGUAAUCGAUUGCGGAAUAAAUUCUAUUGCAGACCCAACAAAGAAGUCUGGACAACGAUUGGUAGGAGACGUUGAUUAUGAAGAAGCCGCGAAGGUGGCAUCAUAUAUUACACCGGUACCUGGCGGAGUUGGCCCGAUGACCGUAGCCAUGUUGAUGACGAAUACAGUGGUAUCAGCUCAAAGAUCUGCAACCAGAAUCUUGAACACUAAGUGGAAACUAAAUGUUUUGGCGAUCAGUCCAAAAACGCCGGUUCCCAGUGAUAUAACGAUCUCAAGGAGUCAAGAGCCGAAGCCGAUUACACUUUUAGCAGAAGAAAUUGAGCUGUUGCCGAACGAAAUCAGUCCUUACGGAAGUAAGAAGGCGAAGAUUAGUCUGAACGUGUUGAAGAGACUGAAAGACCAACCAAAUGGAAAAUACGUAGUAGUUGCUGGUAUCACGCCAACACCUUUCGGAGAAGGUAAGAGCACCACGUCGUUGGGUUUGGUGCAAGCUUUGACUGUGCACAAGGGGAAAAACUCGUUUGUCACUUUGAGGCAACCGAGUCAGGGUCCCACUUUUGGUGUGAAAGGAGGAGCUGCGGGUGGAGGAUACUCACAGGUCAUUCCUAUGGAGGAAUUCAACUUACACUUAACCGGAGAUAUUCAUGCUGUGACUGCAGCUAAUAACCUGAUGGCGGCGCAAAUCGAUGCCCGAUACUUCCACGAAUCCACUCAAUCCGAUAAAGUUCUUUACGACCGACUCGUGCCGACGAUUAAAGGCGUAAGAAAGUUUUCGAGCAUUCAACUACGACGCUUACAAAAGCUUGGUAUCACGAAGACCGACCCUAACAGCUUAACCGAGGACGAAAUUAAGAAGUUCGCGAAAUUAGACAUCGAUCCAGAGAAUAUUCCUUUCACCAGAGUAAUUGACACGAAUGACCGAUUCUUGCGUAAAAUCACUAUCGGUCAAAGUCCAACCGAGAAAGGAAAAACGCGAGAAACGUCUUUCAAAAUUUCCGUCGGUUCUGAGAUAAUGGCAAUACUCGCACUCUCCACCAGUGUCGAUGAUAUGAAGGAAAGACUCGGUAACAUGGUGGUAGCCUUCAACAAAAGUGGAGAACCCUUGACUGCAGAGGACUUCGGUAUGACUGGGGCGAUGGCAAUUUUGUUGAAAGAUGCCAUCGAGCCAACAUUGAUGCAAUCUUUGGAAGGAACUCCAGUGAUGGUUCAUGCUGGACCGUUUGCGAACAUUGCGCAUGGCUGUUCUUCGAUUAUUGCAGAUGCAAUUGCGUUGAAAUUAGUCGGACCAGAAGGUAUCGUGGUAACAGAAGCUGGUUUUGGUUCUGACAUCGGUAUGGAGAAGUUCUUCAACAUCAAGUGCCGAACAUCUGGACACAUACCAAAUGCUGUUGUACUUGUUGCAACUGUUAGAGCAUUGAAAAUGCAUGGUGGUGGACCUCCGGUAACUACGGGUGCUACCUUGAAGAAGGAGUAUAGCGAAGAAAAUCUUGAAUUAGUUAGGAAGGGUCUUCCGAAUCUGCAGAAGCAUAUCAGUAACGGAAUUAAAUUUGGUGUGCCAGUUAUCGUGGCAAUUAAUGUCCAUGCCACUGACACACCAGCGGAAUUAGAUUUAAUAAAGCAAGCUGCUAUCGAAAGCGGUGCAGCAGAUGCAAUAAUAUGCAAACAUUGGUCGCAAGGCGGUGCUGGUGCAACGGCUCUUGCGGAUUCAGUUAUAGCUGCCACGAAUAAGUCCAGUAAUUUCAAAGUAUUAUAUGACUUGAAUAUCAGUAUCGAACAAAAGAUUAAUAUCAUUGGAAAAGAAAUGUAUGGUGCAGGAGAAGUGGUUCUUUCAGAGGAGGUGCAAAAGAAGAUUAAGACAUAUACCAAACUAGGCUACGACAAACUGCCCCUUUGCAUGGCGAAGACAUCAAACUCUUUAACAGGUGAUGCAUCAAUUAAAGGUGCUCCCACAGGUUUCACAUUGAGUAUUACAGAUAUAUUUGUGUCUGUUGGUGCUGGCUUUAUAGUACCAAUGGUGGGAGAUAUAAUGAUGAUGCCAGGACUUUCUACCAGGCCAAGCAUUUAUGAUAUGGAUUGGAACAGUGAAAAUGACGAAAUAGAAGGAUUGUUUUAAAUAUUUUUCUUUAACUGCAAAACCAUUCUCAUUUAUAGUAUAUUACAAAUGGUUUUCACAGGAUGAGAUAUUUUAUUUUUUUACAUAGUUUACGAAACAUUUGUACGUAUUUUGUAUUAUAUUACACACGAUAGUAAAGUUAAAAAUUUAUCAUGACA